AUGGGGGCCGGGGCAGGCUGCGGGCGGGGGCAGCUUUUCCUCCCCUCCCUCCUCCUCCUCCUCUUCCUCCUGGCCGCGCCGCGCUCCGCGAGCGGGCAGCUGCGCUACGCCGUGCCCGAGGAGCAGGAGCACGGCGCCUUCGUGGCCAACCUCGGCGAGGACCUGGGGCUGGACGUGUCCACGCUGUCGGCGCGGCGGUUCCGCAUCGUGGCCCGGGCCGGGGCCAGGCAGCACCUGGAGGUGAACCUGGAGAACGGGAUCCUCUUCGUGAACGAGCGGAUCGACCGGGAGGAGGUGUGCGAGGCGGGGGGCACCUGCCUGCUCCACCUGCAGCUGCUCGUCGAGAGCCCGCUGGAGCUGUACCGUGUGGAGGUGGAGGUGCUGGACAUCAAUGACCACGCGCCCACAUUCCCCUGGCAAGAGUACGUGUUGGAGGUGGCCGAGUCUGCCGUGCUUGGUGCCCGCUUCCCGCUUGAGAGCGCCCAGGAUCCUGACGUGGGUACCAACUCGGUGCACACCUACCAGCUCAGCCCCAAUGGCUUCUUCUCACUUGAGGUGCAGACACGCAGCGACGCCAGCAAGUUUGCGGAGCUGGUGCUGGAGCGCACCCUGGACCGCGAGCAGCAACGCACGCACCGGGUGCUGCUCACUGCUCUCGAUGGCGGCAUCCCCAGGCGCUCAGGCACAGCCCACAUCCUCAUCACAGUGCUGGACGCUAAUGACAAUGUGCCUGCCUUCGAUCAGCCCUCAUACAGAGUGAGCCUGCCUGAGGAUGCCCCUGCCGGCACCCUGGUCAUCCAGCUGAAUGCCACUGACCUGGAUGAGGGUCCCAACGGGGAGAUCGAGUACUCCUUCAGUGGGCAUGCACCACCGCGCGUCCGGGAGCUCUUCCGUGUGGAGCCCCGCAGUGGGCAGGUGCUGCUGAAGGGCCCCCUGGACUAUGAGCGGGCAAGCCUUCAUGAGCUCUAUGUGCAAGCCAAGGACCGCGGACCCUCGGCUGUGGCUGUGCACUGUCGGGUGCUUGUGCACCUCCUUGAUGUGAAUGACAACGCGCCAGAGGUGACCCUCACCUCUGUGUCCACGCCUGUGCAGGAGGAUGCCCCAACAGGCACCGUCAUUGCGGUCAUCAGUGUUCUGGACCAGGACUCUGGGGACAAUGGGCGCGUGAGCUGCGAGAUCAGCCCCAAUGUGCCUUUCGAGCUCCGCUCCUCCUUCCGCAACUACUACACUCUGGUGACCACAGAGGCAUUGGACCGGGAGGUAGUGCCCGAGUAUAAUGUAAGCAUCACAGCGCGGGACAUGGGCUCCCCUGCCCUGCUGACCCGCAGCACCCUCACCAUCCCAGUGUCCGAUGUGAAUGACAACGCCCCACGCUUCCUCCAGCCCUCCUACAGUGUGUACGUGAUGGAGAACAAUGCGCCAGGAGCCUCCAUCUGCUCCGUCAGUGCUUUGGACCCCGACUGCCAACAGAACGCCUAUCUGUCCUACUCCAUCGCUGAUGGGCACAUCCAUGGCAUGCCAGUGGGCACCUAUGUGUCCAUCAACUCGGACAGUGGGCACAUGUAUGCCCUGCGCUCCCUUGAUUAUGAGCAAAUCCGCAGCUUCCAGAUCCAGGUGCAAGCGCAGGACGCAGGCUUCCCCCCGCUCAGUGCCAACGUCACUGUUCACAUCUUUGUGCUGGACCAGAACGACAACGCUCCUGUCAUUGUGUCCCCCAUGCCACGCAAUGGCUCUGUGGCUACCGAGCUGGUGCCACGGUCAGCUGGGCCUGGCUACUUGGUGGGCACGGUGUCAGCAGUGGAUGCGGAUGCAGGGCUGAACUCCCGCCUCUCCUACCAGCUCCUCCAAGCCACCGACUUCACCCUCUUCAGCCUGGCGCCAGACACGGGCGAGCUGCGCACCCUCCGCUCCUUUCUGGAGCAGGACGCAGCCCGGCAGCGGCUGGUGGUGCAGGUGCGUGACGGGGGGCAGCCAGCGCUCUCAGCCACCAUGUCCCUCCUGCUUUCUGUGGUGGAGACCAUGCCUCAGACUCUCUCUGACUUCAGCAACUUCAGUCUCCCCCCAGAGGACUCUUCCUCCUCCCCACUCACACUCUACCUCCUUGUCUCCCUGGGCUCCAUCUCCUUCACCUUCCUCCUGGCCAUCCUCAUCCUCACAGCCAUUCGGUGCCGCGGAGAGCAGCGCUCCUGGCGACAUGAUGGCUGCCACUGCUGUCCUAGGCCCAGGUCCUCCCCUGAUAGCCUCAAGACAUCCAACCUUACGGCACAGCCCACCACAAGCACAGCCGCCCACCUUGAUGUCCCCGAUGGUGGCCCCCCGGGCUACUGCUACAAGCUCUGCCUUGGUCCCGAGUCUGCCCAGAGCGACUUCAUGUUCCUCAAACCCUGCAGCCUGCCCCGCAACAACGAGAAAGGCCCCGGGAACCUGCCGGCUGCUGGGAAGCGAUCCCAACCCGGCCAGCAAUUCCAUGUCUCCAAGCAGAUCAAGCAGCCCAACACGGACUGGCUGCCCCCCAGCAUGCAGCGACCUGCCCUGAAGAGCUCCCAGAGCCUGGAGGACAUGGGGGAAAUCCGCAGAGCCCUGCAGAAGGAGCACGAGAGGCUGUGCACGUUGGUGACCCCUGUCUCUGAGUUUCAGAAGGCCUCAGCAGGUGCCAACAGCAUCUGGGCACCCCAGCACAGCCCCUUGUACCCGGGGCACAUCCCGGCCCUGGAUUAUCAGCACAACGUCUACAUCCCUGGCACCCCCACUCUGCUUUCCAGCAAAGACGGGCCCCCUUUCCCAGGCCGGGAGAACAGAAACAGCUUCUCCACCUUUGGCAAGAGGAAGAAGAUGACAACUUACUGCGACAUGCCUGACAGCGUGGUCAUCAACAACGACCUGAAGUAGUGACCAGUGCUGGGUCUGGAUCACCUGCAUUGUUUCAGCUGCUGGGUCCAUCUGCAGCACACAGCUCCACCCGUGAACCACCUAGGAGUUUGCAGGGCUGCUGAGAUGGUGGCUCACCAGGGUGUGGAGAAAGGAGCAAGAGACUGGGACAGGAUAGGGCCGGGGCAGUGGGUGUGUUUCUCCCAUCUCCUUCUGCAGAGCUGUCGGCAGCAGUUGCUGCUGGGGGUCUGGACGACCAGACUUCAGCAAAUCUGCCUUGAGUUUUCCCAUUCCUAUCCAUCUCUGUAAACGUUGUCACUUUGUGUUGUCUGGCUGUGUGGAUGUAUUGAGCUGCAUGCCUGUACUUCUGCCCCAGGAGGCACGGACAAUUUGCACAGACCAAGCCUGGUCCAGGCAAGCCUGGUGCUACGAACGAGGGCAGCAACCGCUGCUCUGCCCUGAGACCCAGAGGGAUGCAUUGCAUGUCCAGAGCACAAGUUGGUGUCUGGCUUCUCCAGAAAGUGAGUGCAAGACCCAGCCAUUACAGGGGCUUCCCUUCAAACCAUGAUCUGACACUAGCAGGGCUGGAGACCAGAAGUCCAGGACACAGCCAGGCCUUGCUCUGAGAACAGCAUGGGAUGGCCAGAAGAGCUGUUAGCAGCUGAGAGAUGCACAAGGUGAGGCUCUGCUGGGUAACUCUCCAGCCCAAGGCAACACCAUGUGAAAGGCAGAGUUUCCAGCCAGUGGAGGGGCCCAGCACAGCAAUGGGUCCUCUCCCCUCCUCCUGCCUUCACCUGCAUCUUAUUUUUCUGAGCACCUCGGACAACUGCCUUGGGGCCCCACCUGCACAGGACACACGCCUCCCACUGUUCCUUGCUCCUCUUCAAGGUCUUCUACCAGGCUGCCAGGUGCCCUCAGGGGCCGGACUCCAGCCCCAGAACUGUCUCUCUCCCAUCCUGCUCACCCCCCACCUGUCCACCCAGUCUGUCUGCCAGCAUUGCCAACCGCUCACCUGUCACCAACCCAUCUGUGCAAAACGUGACAGCUCUUUCUAGACCAAGUUUGUUUCACGGUGUCUGAUUUGUACCAAUAAAUUGUAU